AUGGCACAGCUCAACGAGGCGUACGAGGUCCUGAGCGACGAGCAGUCGAGGAGCUCGUACGACGCCGCGAGAGCCGCCGCACUCGCCGCCGGACGCGCCACUGCCCACGCUUUCGCCGUCUCGCUCUCGCUCGACCUGUUCGACCCGCACUACCACGCGCCAGCCGCCGCCGCCACCUCGAGCCCGGCCAGUCGCGACGACGACGACGACCAAGACGACGAUGAGCCGGCGUACUACACACACCCGUGCCGGUGCUCGUCGCAGUUCCGGAUCACACGCGAGCAGCUCGAGGAGGGCGUCGAGGUCGUGACGUGCGAGGGGUGCAGCGAGCGGUGCCGGGUCGAGUACGACGUGGUCGAGGAGUGA